UUCUUAGUACUCUUUCUUGGAACCUUCCAUCCGAAUUUGCAUUAUUGCAUCCACUCAACACAUACACACACACACACACACACAUAUAUCACGUUAUCACGUAUAUAUAUGAAGUUAAGGUACAACACUAAGGAUAAUAGAAGUAUAAUCAUAUAUUCUUUCUUCCAUUUCAACUUCCAUGGCAAAUAAUGAACAACAUGAACGUAAGAGAAAAGGGUUUAAACCAUGUGGUGUUUUUCUGUCGUGCUUUUUGGCCAAUGCCAGAAAAGAACAGCAGCAAUUGGUGCAUGAUGAUGUCGAUGACAACAACACGGAGGAGAUCAUAAGAAGAAGAAGGGUGGCUUCCACGGCCGUCAAUGAAAAGCCUCUCGUUAAAAUUGCAGAUGCAUUCAAAGAGCUAGCAAACGUUAUCAUCUCCGAAAAUGAUAUUGAGGUUGCUGCUUUUUCCCGCGCAUGUUCUUUUGUGGCUCCCCUUUUUGGUAGUGUUGGCUUUCACUUCGAGUUCAUUGAGAUGGAUUAUGUUACUAAGGUUAAUGACAUAGCAGAAGCAUCAAAGUCUUUCAAGACAUUACAAUCUAUGGUUGAUCAAGAUGUACAAACUAAUACUGUGAGAAAACAAGGGAGUCAUUCCAGAAAUCUUUUGAAAAUAAAACGUGGACUUGAAUUUCUCAAGGUGCUAUUUGAACAAGUUAUACUCACAGAGGGAAAUUCUAUGAGGGAUGCAGUUUCUAAGGCUUACACACAAAUAUUUAAUUCACAUCAUGGUUGGGCUCUUAGAAAGGCUGUAUCUGUAAGGUUACAUUACAUCCCUACAAAGCAGCAGCUAUAUAGGAAACUCAGUGUAGAUGAGUCUACAGGAAAGGUUCUAAUGGAAACUUAUAUAUCAGCAUCGCCGCCUCUACUCCGGUACAUAGAGAAGAUCUUUCUUGAAAGAGAAUUGGGUAUAGAUUGGUGAACCUUUUGAUAUUCUUGAAUAUCAGAAUAUGUAAUAAAGAGCCGUUAUUAUUUGGAAUCUUUUCGACAUAAUAAUUUCUUUGGCUUGUGACAACAACCAUUUUUGCUGUAACUGAAAGAGAAUCAAUUUUUGUGCAAAGAGUAAAUAAAUCUCCUAGGGAGAAAUAAGAAAAUGUGAAUUUAAGGUUUGGCCUAAAUAAGGACCUAGUAUGCAUAAAAAAUCAGAAAAGUAUCACAGGAUCAAAUUCUUCCGAGUCUUAUUCAAUACUUAAUGCUAAUUGAGGAACCAAUGAUACAAUUGUAUACUUGGGGUACAAGCUUGGAAAACUCAACUAUAAAACAAAGAAAAAUUAAUCCUCUUUUCUCCAAAACUAGAUUUUCUCUGUUAAUAUUCAUGUAAGAAUGAAGAAUUCUAUAUACAACUUUUUCUAUGAUCAAUGAGCUUGCUACAGAUCCUAUUACAAAUUAAAUUAUCAGAAUCGAUAUGAGAUUCAUAAGAGAAAGAAAGCAUACUAUUUUCGUUGAACUCCACCAUGUUUUAAGUCACAAAUCCCGCUGCAGAAAGUUGAGUAUGUUGGCCAACAAACAAGAGUGUCAACCGGCAUCACAUGGCCAUAAUCAUAUCUUCUUAACCUCGACCACUUCGCAAUAAUAUCUUAGACAAAGAUCCCUGAGAAGGCCUAAUAACAAAGAAUUUCAGCAUAAUGAAUGCACAACAAUUAUUUCGUUUUCUAUAUCAUCAUCAUAAGGGGCUAACAACCCAUCCUGUAAUUGGGUUCUGUCUGCGACUUCUCAACUUCCCGUGUCUUCCACUUUGCAAUCGCUCAAGCACUGCAUAUGUUAUUGAAUCUGGUGUCAGUCCUUGUUGUUUAAGUUUUGCAUAAAGGUCCACUGCCUCAGCAGUUCUUCCAGAUCUUUCAAGGCAAUCGAGUAAAAUAUUAUAUGUUACCAAGUUAGGAGAGCAUCCUUCAGCAAUCAUUUCAUCAAACAAAUUACACGCCAUCUCAACUUUAUCUGUCUUGCCGAAGCACUCAAUAAGUGUACUAUAAGUGAAAACAUCAGGAUUUAAUCCUUUCUCUUGCAUCUCUUUAAAUCUCAUGUGAGCUUCAUCAACAUCCCCAUUCUUUCCAAGGCAGUUGAUCAAACUGUUAUACGAAAUAACGUCAGGAUUACAAUUACUAUUCUCUAGCUCUUCAAAAAUUUGAAUGGCACUGUCAACUCUUCCAGCCCUUCCAUAGCUGGAGAUCAGAAUAUUGUAUGUGAAUAUGUCUGGUGGAGGGCCGUCUCGUUUCAUCUUUUCGUAUAGAUCAUGGAUAUGUGAUACUUGUUUCAACCUGCCAAGAGCCGUGAAUACUGUAUUAUACAUGAUAGUGUCAGUGGUUAUGCACUUUUCAUGAAAUCUAUUCAGAAGAUCUAUUGCUUCUGUCAUUUUACCGCUACUGCAUAAACUCUCCAACAUAGACAUGUAAGCAUCUUUAUCACCCUUGUCAUGAAAGUUCCACAUGUUGCAAAAUAGCCUGUGCGCUUCAGAAGAAUGACCUAAUUUGCUUAAAGUCCUUACGAAAUAUGCAUAUAUCUGUUUAUUCAUAUAUUUUUUCGAUAUCUCCACAAUAUAGUCAAGCUUACUAAGCUGUCCUUCAGCAACCAGAACAUUCAAAAGCACACUGUAUGUAAAUUCAUUUGGCUGACAAUCAUUCUCCACCAUUUUGGUAAAGAGCAAGACGGCCUUGUCCGCCAUCCGUCCCUUGGCAAGUGACUCGAUCAUAGUAUUAUAAGCAAUCAAAUUUGGAGUGAAGCCUUUUUCUAACAUCGCCUGAAAGAGUGCUAGUGACUUAUCAGUUUUGCCGGAUUUUCCAGUCAUUCUGAUCAUAAUGGUGUACGUGAAUGUAUCAGGCUCACAGUGCCUCCGCUUCAUGUCCUCAAAAACUUUAUAUGCUUUAUCCACCUGCCAAAAUAUUGAAAUACAUUAAAACUGGUAAACAGGAUCAACCAAAGUAAAAUGUUCUUCUCAAAAACAAUUAAUAACAUCAGUAGAAUUCAAUUAGACGGCAAGCCAAAGGUAAGUAUUUUCAAAAAACUAAAAGAUAAUUAGAUAAAUAAGUUGAAGUUCCAUUAUCAUACUUUGUACUAUAAAAAACUCGUGUAGGGUUAAGAAAAUAGAUCAUACAAAUUUUACUCUGUAUUUAAUGCAAAUUUAAAUUAAGACAGAAAGCAAAAAGUGUGAUAUAUUUUGCUUCAAUAAAAACUAAAAAGGAAGGAGCAAAAAGACAGUAAUUGUGAGCCAAAAGCCACAUCAGUCUCUAACUCUCAACCCAAAUUCCAGACCAACAGAGUUAACUGCUAGCACCGAACUGACACUAAGGAAACAUUUGGGAAAAUAAUUUAGUGAAAUGCUUAUCGAAUAAGUGCUUUUGAAUAAGAUAAUUUUAGAAUUGAAUAAGGAAUGGGAAGUAAAUCCCCGUAAGUUGUUUUCAAUGAGCUAUUUUGAGAACUUAUAAAAAUAUGCUAUAAACGUAUGAACAAAUCAUAUAAACUAUUUUCAUAAAUUCUUUCAAAGCUCAGUUAUCAUAUUAAUGCUUAUGUAUAAUAUUUAUCCACAAUCAAAGAGGAGUUGAGAGGAAACUCUGCAUAAGCACACAGAUAAACUAUUUAGUGUGUUUGAGAAGCAUCAAAGUCGAAGUGGACAUUCUAAAAAUCAUGGCAGGAGAGCUCUAAAAUUACGGCUUGCCUACCGUUAAACCAAACACAUAGCCAAGAUAUUAUUGCAAGCUUAAGCUUCAAACAAUAUCAUAAGCUAUUUUUCAUCAACUUUUCCAAACAUUUCACAAGUGUCAAUGUCAUAAGAUAAAUUCAAAUAAGCUUUUCAAAUGUCCCUUCACACAAAUGCUUACACCAAGAUAAUCCCAAGUCCUAACAAAGUUUUUUUAAAUGCACACCUAAAUACUCAAAAUUUAUCCUAAAGGGUGUACGAAUUUGUAUUUUUUGGUGUAAACUGGGUAUCCUCUGGGCACAGUUGCAAAGAAUAAUCCCUCAAGCCUAACGCUGUUGCAUGCCCAAUCCAGAUAUCAAAUCUAGGACCUUGGUUAAGCUAGAAGAGACCCGUGUGUAUUUGUCUCUCUUAAAAACAUGCAUUGUAGUAAAUCUAACCAAUUCAAAAUAAACAACAA